AUGGUAAACGACUCAUUCCACUCAUCCCUUUUCACAGUAUUGGAUAAGAAUCAUCAAGUCUAUUCAUCAUAUAUACAAGACCAACUACUCACACCGGCAAACCAUGUCCCAAGUCAAGUUCGCAUAAAGGAGGUAAUAUGCAUGCCCGUAACAAAAACCAACACCCAAGCCGGUAAAAUCGAGGGGAGUAGAUACAAUUAUAUCAAAAUGCGUAAACAGCAGCGUAGUCAACGUUGA